CUGCUAAGGGCGUCCACCCUCGCCACACCUCUGCUGCAAUGGAGGAAGGAACCAAGACGAAAAAGACCGUCUUUAUAGGAGGUAUUGGUGACGAUGUUGACGAAAGUGUGAUUCUCGAGGCAUUUCAGACUUUCGGUGAUAUAAUUGAGGUGCAACUACCCACUGCUAAUGCGAACAACUCACAACAAAGCACUUCAAAGCAUCGUGGCUUUGCGUUUGUGACGUUCUCGUCCUCGGGCGACGCCCAGGAUGCUAUAGAUAAUAUGGAUCUCAACGAGCUACGAGGAAGAGUUCUCAAGGUAAAUCUCGCAAGACCCAUGAAGGGGCCAUCCCAGAUGUCUGGUAACCGCGCAGUGUGGGAAUCUGAGGAGUGGCUCAAGCAAUAUGCCCGUCCAUUGGCAGAGAGUGGAGGUCUGCAAGGUCGCAGAAACGAUGGCGAAUCACCGGCUCCGAAGGAAUCAGCUGAAGGUGAAGAAGCCGGAGAUGAUGAUGGGAUGGAGGAGUGAUUCUUCAGCUUGUCCACUGGCUGUUUGUGCACAAGGUUUAGGUGGAAUUCAAGACAACCACGCAGUCUUUCAAGUCUCGGUUCCUGACAGCGAUACAACAGAAGCGUCCUGGAGAAUUAUACACAUG